AUGAAAAUCUUCGCAACGCGACCUUUUCACGACAUUUUGGGGAGUUCAAAACAACGCAUUUCGAACGGUUCCAGGCGCGUGUCAGAGGACAUACUGACGGAGGGCAAGUGGUGCCCCCAAGUCACUCCGGCGAGCUACCUCCACCUUCUGCAGGAGUUCCGCGCCCUCUUCACCGCUCGUCAGACGCAGGUCACCGCCGUCAAGAAGAAAUACCUGUCAGGUCUCGACAAACUGGCCUUUGCCGCCUCGCAGAUCUCAGUCAUGCAGGAGAUGCUGGCCUCCCUCGGGCCCCAGAUUGAAGAGGCUACCCAAGACGUCAGCAAGAUGAUGGAGAUUAUAGAGCAGGAGGAGUGCCAGGCGGAGCUCAACCAGGCCAUGCCAGCGUUGCACGAGGCCGUGGAGUCUCUGAACACGCUCAAGCCAGCGGACAUCACGGUGGUUAAGAGCAUGAAGAAUCCUCCGCAGGCCAUCAAGCUCGUCAUGGCGGCCGUGUGCGUGAUGCUCGAAAUCAAGCCGGAGAAGAUGAAGAACAGCAGCGGGAAGACGAUCUUCGAGUACUGGGGCCCGAGCAAGCGCCUUCUGGGAGACAUGAGCUUCCUGCAGCAGCUGAAGGACUACGACAAGGACAACAUCCCCGAGGCCGUGAUGGACAAGAUCAACAAGGAGUACGUUCGGCUGCCGGAGUUCGACCCUGUCUCGGUAGCCAAGGCUUCCAGCGCGGCGGAGGGCCUCUGCAAGUGGGUGCGGGCCAUGGCCUCCUACAACGCCAUCGCCAAGUCUAGUCACAUCCCUAUGUUCUUUCUCCACAUGAUACACAAUAUCGUGGCGCCCAAGAGGGAACGGCUGGCGGAGGCGGAGGAGGAGGUGAAGGAGCGCAUGGGCAUCGUGGAGGGCAAGAGGAACGAACUGCGACAGCUGGAGGAGAAGCUGGAGAACCUGCAGCGAAGGUUCUCUCUCUCCUGCCGUGAGAAGGAGAAGCUCGAGAACGAACAGAAGCUGUGCGGACUCAAGCUGGAGAGAGCGAGGAAACUCAUCAGCGGCCUCGGCGGCGAGCGCUCCCGGUGGGAGGGCGCGGCCGAAACCGCCGGAGCCGAACUACUGCGCCUGCCCGGAGAUACCUUGCUGGCCGCCGCGUCACUCGCCUACCUGCCGCCCCACCAGCCGGAAGUCAGGGAGCGCGUGCUGGCCGAGUGGACCCAGGCCGUGGUGGAGGCGGAGCUCGAGGUGACCACGCCCUUCAGCCUGGUGGACAUCCUGACCCCGCCCCUGCACGUGAGGGCGUGGGGGCUCGAGGGACUGCCCACCGACGCCUUCUCGCUCCAGAACGCCACGGCUAUUAAGCAUACCGUCAACCAAGCCCUUUCCUCCGCCCCCGAGAACCUCCGAAGGAAAGCUCAUUCCGACGGCCCCGCCCCUCUCCCCGCCCCCAGAUGGCCCUACUUGGUGGACCCGGACGAGCAGGGGACGCGGUGGCUGCAGCUCCACGAGGCCGCCAAUGAGCUAGUGGUUCUUCGCGAGCAGGAUUUCAACGCCCCGGCUUCUCGACCUGGAGGAGGAGCUGUGGCCCAGAUAACGCUGCUGGAGGACGCUCUCGCCCGCUGCAUUCCCAAAGGGCGCCCGGUUCUCCUGAUGGACUUGGCGGGGGAUCCGCCGUCCCAGUUGGCUGACCUUGUCGCACGCAACACGAGGGAGGAAGGCGGCGUAAGAGUGGUGAUCAUCGGCUCCCUGACGCUGCAGUACCACCCCGGCUUCCGGCUGUACCUCGCCAGUCGCCACGCCCGUCCCAGCCUGUCCCUCGAGACGGCUGCGUCCCUCACCGUCGUCAAUUUCACCGUCACCGUCCAAGGCCUGCACGACAACCUGCGGCAGAUCCUCGUCAGGAAGGAGAGACCUGAGCUGGAGGACGAACGCCAGAAGCUGGUGCUGACGACCUCGUCCCACCAGCGCGCCCUGCAGGACACGGAGGAGCGCAUCCUUCACACCCUGUCCUCCGCGCAGGGCAACAUCCUGGAGUCGGAGGAGGUCAUCAACAUCCUGCAGGAGACGAAGCAAAUGUCCGACGACAUCAAGCGGAAGCAGGAGCAGUGCGUGGAGACGGAGGCGGCGCUGCUGGAGUGCUGCAAGCAAUACGAGUCCGUGUCCCGUCCCGCUGCGUCCCUCUACAUCACCCUCGCCAGCCUCGCCUCCGUGUCGCCCAUGUACCAGUUCUCGCUGCGCUGGUACGUCGAUCUCUACGUCGCCGUCAUCGACACCACCGGCAAGAGUUCCGUGCUGGAGCGCCGUCUGAGCCUCCUGCAGGAAGCCCUGGUGAGCCGCGUGCACUCCGCCGUCGUGAAGGGCCUCGCCGCCCCUCACCGUCUGCCCUUCACUUUCCUCAUCGCCCUCCACGCCCUCAGAGUCUCGGGGGCAGUGAGCGCGAGCGUGGAGUCGGCCCUGUUUCGUCUGGCGAGUCAGAGCCCGGCCGGGUGCGUUCCGCCCCCCGACUGGCUGGCCACGCCCCUUGGCCCCGCCUGGCCCGCCCUCCUGCACCUCACGACGCUGCCGGAGUUUGAAGGUUUGUCUGAGAGCUUGGAGAAAGACGCCGUCGGUUGGGUCAGCCUAACGGGCUGCGCCCUGCCGGAGAGGUCCGCUCUGCCCCGCCCCUGGCACCGCCUACAGCCUGUUCUGUGGCUCCUGCUGGUCGCCGCCCUUCGCCUGGACAAGCUUACGUGGGCGGUAAGGGUCAUCGUGGGCGAGAUCCUGGGCGCCCAUUUCUCCUCACCUCCGCCUGUGGACGUGGGCGUGUUCCUGGAGGCGCCCGCGCAGCCCAAGUCCUCCUCGCGUACCCCGGCCCCCGCCCGCCCGCCCGCCCCCCUCCUGCUGGUCACCUCGCCCGGGGUCGACGCCCUGGAGGAGGUCUUGCUCCUGGCCGCUCAGGGACCGGAGGGCGCGCUCGCGAACGUGUCUCUCGGACAGGGCCAGUCUUCCGUGGCGGAAGUCGCCGUGCAGAGCGGGGCGAGCGAGGGCGGCUGGGUGGUGCUGCAGAACCUCCACCACGCCUUGGACUGGCUGCCGACGCUGGCGAACAUCAUCACUCGCCUGUACACAGAGGGCGUCCCCAACGGCGGCAGUGGCGGCGCUCGCAAAGCCAACGGCAACGGCGGACUCCACCCCAACUUCCGGCUGAUUCUCACCACGGAGCCCACGGACGAGUUCCCCGUGGCACUACUGAGGAGUGUGGAGAAGGUGUACGUGGACGCCCCCGGGGACGCUCGCCACGCCCUCCUGGAGGCCAACCUCACUCUCACUCGACACGCGUCCAACCUCACCUUCUCUGAGGAGGACGAAGAAGAGGAAGUAGAAGCCGCGAUUUACCGCCUGCUACACGGCCUCAGCGUCUUCCACACCGUCGUCAGCGAGCGAGGGCGCCACGGCCACCUCGCCUGGGCCGACCCCCCCGCCUUCACGGCCACGGAUCUCACACUCGCCAUCAGCGUUGUUACGAGCAGCGUGGAGGAAGGCCGCGACGUCGACCCAGAGAUGCUGGAGUACCUGGUGGGUCGAGUCUUCUACGGCGGGCGUGUUCAUCGAUUGGAGGACCAGCAGGUGAUCCUCAGCAUCCUCAAGGAAGUCCUCGCCAUCUCCUUGAAGCUGCCGGAGGAAAUCACCCCUCGCUCUGCCGAAGGAGGAAUCACAGGCUUAGACAGACCGGAAAUCUUCGGUCUGCCGGCGGGAGUCCAGCAGCUGCAGGAGAUCGAGGCCGGCCAGCGGUUCCUCACCGUCCUGGCCACUGUCGGGGGGGCGCAGAGUCUCCAAGGGAAGUCCGAAAGGAUAUCUAGGGACGAAGUGAAGAGAUUGAAGAAGAUGAUUUCAAAACAUAGAUUUCCGGUUUUAGUAGAACUUCCCAGAUGGUUGUCGAAAGGAGAGGACCAGCUGGACGAGUGUGAGGAGCGAGACCUGCGAGACGUCAUGAGAAGAGAGAUCAACAAGUACAAUACCAUUAUCCUCGGCAUCACUCGGUCCUUGGAGGCGGUGGCGCAGGCGUCCACUGGAGGAAGCGUCCCCGGUGAUGGGACCGAGGAGGUGAUAUCAGCAGUGAACCUCGGCCACACCCCCGCGUCUUGGAGAGCCCUGUGUAAACACCCAACACCCGGGACUCUACACGCCUUCCUUCAGGACUUCCAUGCUCGAGUGGACUUCUUUAGGACGUGGCUGAAUAAUGGAUGUCCCAAGACCUAUUGGUUAGGAGCAUUCCAGUUCCUCCCAGCGUUCCUAACCACCAUCCUGCGCCAGGUGGGGCAGAGCACGCGCCGGCCUCUCCACCACCUCACCUGGGGCUUCCACUUAACCGACGAGCCAUCGCCGGAGAUGCCGGAGUUCAUGCCAAGCGACGCGGAGGAAGAGGACACUAAAGACGGCGGCGAACAAGUCGAUAGAGAAGAGGGCGAGAAAGAGACGGAGGAAGCUAGUGUUCCUGAAGAAGGAGGUGAUGACGAAAAGGCAUCGCAAGAAGAUGGAGGAGACAAGGAAGAGGAGAAAGAGGAGGAAACCAAGGCGGAAAAGACAGCUCCAGAAGAACCAGAAGAAAAGGUUUGGCCAAUAAGCACCAAGGAGUCCAGAGCCCAUUGGAAUGCACUGGGGAACGAUGGUCUCGUCGUCCAUGGGAUGUGGCUAGUUGGAGCAGCGUGGAACGUAAACAAACAUACAUUUGUGCCGAAACUCCCUGUCGACUAUUUGGACUACGAUUUUUUCAGAAAAGAGUUGGAGGAACCGUCAUCCCAAGAGCUGAUACAGAAGCUCCCAUUGCUAAGCAUGAUUCCAACACCCACCGUGCAGACCGGGUCGUACACCAUGCGAGGGGCGCCUUCACUCUGCACCACAGCCCGCUCUCAACCCUCGCUUCAUCGGCAGUCAUCGACAACCCUAACUGAAAGUGAGGGACCUGUAGAAGCAGCAGAGGGACCUGAACCACCAGCGUCAGACCGACCUUCCACGGAGGAUCAUCCUACUUCGGAAGCGCAUCAAACCCGUUUCUCUGACGAAUUUCAAAACAUCAAGGAUUCCACUUCACUCGACCUGCACUUGGGGGAGGAGACGCUACCCAGCAGUAGGAGUGACGUGCUUUCGACGGCUCGGUCGAGGUACUAUGAGUGCCCUGUUUACGAGGGAGGUCCGAGCAGUAGUGCCAGUCAGAUGCCUGUGUUGAACAUUACUCUUCCUGCUGGAGCAAAAGGGGGCAACCACUGGGUGCAGAGACGUGUUGCUAUAUAUUUAAGCAAGUACUAA